AUGGGAAUUUUCUCUCUCCAAGAAGAUCGACCGACGCCCAAGGCCGUGUACAAUGUCCGUGUGUAUACAUGUGCAACAGUAGCGGCUUUUUGCGCUGUCAUGAUCGGAUAUGACUCCGCAUUUAUUGGUGGAACUCUCGCCCUGACGAGUUUCAAGACCGAAUUCAACUGGAAACAAUACUCCUCCCAUCAAGCAGCAAUUAUCUCCGAAAACAUUGUCUCCCUCUACCAAGCGGGAGCGUUUUUCGGUGCGCUCGGUGCCUAUGCCGCCGGUCACUAUCUUGGACGUAAAAAGGGUCUUCAAGUGUUUUCUGCCACCUUCAUUCUAGGAGCUGGUCUCAUGUUGGGUGCCAAUGGAUCUCGUGGACUUGGUUUGCUCUACGCCGGCAGAGUUUUGGCAGGACUUGGAGUUGGUGGUGCUUCCAAUCUUACCCCUAUUUACAUCUCUGAAUUGGCACCGCCAGCGAUUCGAGGCAGACUUGUUGGUCUGUAUGAGAUGGGCUGGCAGAUUGGAGGGGUCGUGGGAUAUUGGAUUAACUACGGCGUCUCAACCACGAUGAAACCAAGUCGUUCGCAGUGGAUCAUCCCGUUUGCCGUGCAACUCAUCCCGGCUGGACUAAUGUUUAUCGGUCUUUUCUUCAUCAAAGAGUCUCCACGUUGGUUGAUGACCAGAAACCAACGUCGCAAAGCGCUCAAGAACCUCUGUUGGAUCCGAAUGCUUCCAGAAGACGACCUCUACAUGCUCGAAGAGGUGUCCGCCAUCGAUGCAGCUCUCGAGCAGCAGCACGCAACUGUCGGACUAGGAUUCUGGCAACCGUUCGUGGCCCUUUGGAACGACCGCAAAGUCAGCUACCGAUUUUUCCUCGGCUGCUCCCUAUUCUUCUGGCAAAAUACAUCCGGCAUCAAUGCGAUCAACUACUACUCCCCAACAGUAUUUGAGAGCAUCGGUGUUACCGGCACCAACGCCAGUCUUCUUACCACUGGUGUGUUCGGGCUUGUGAAAGCAGCUGUCACUAUAAUAUGGAUUCUAUUCCUCGUUGAUAAUUUCGGUCGCAGAAACCUGCUUAUAUAUGGCGCGUUCUUAGGGGGUCUUUGCCUCUACUAUAUCGGAGCUUAUAUCAAGAUUGCUGACCCAACCCACCAUCCCACCACGAAUGGAUCGUUGUCGUCUGGUGGAAUCUCGGCUAUGGCAUUCUUCUAUUUGUGGGCAGUCUUCUACACUCCGUCGUGGAACGGGACACCUUGGGUCUACAACUCCGAAAUAUUCCCCCAGAACGUCCGAACCCUAGGCCAAGCAUUCGCUGCCGCCUCCAACUGGCUUUUCAACUUCCUCGUCGCGCGCUUCACCGCACAAAUGUUCACCGCCAUGGGCUACGGCGUCUACUUCUUCUUCGCUAGUCUCAUGAUGUGCUCCAUCGUAUUCACCUUCUUCCUACUGCCCGAGACAAAAGGAAUCCCGCUUGAGAGCAUGGACAUAUUGUUCAGUAAAGAGUUGCAACCGAGAAUCGCACACAAGAUUGUGAUGAAACAAUUGCACGACGACGAGGAGGCUUUCAGGCGAAAUGUUGAGGGGAGUGGGCUAGGGUUGGAGAAGGGCUCGAAAGAGAAUCUGGCACAUAUUGAGGAGGUCUAG